UUCUCUAGAUGACGAAGAUAUAUGGAGGUUUACUUUCUUCCCAUUGCUGUUAAGGAUGAUGGUGACUUAUUGACCCAAAUGAUCCUCUUCUUAUUGCUCUGUGCUACUGAAGUGGAACUCGAGAAGCCGCCCACUUCAAAUUUACUAACACAAAUUUCUAUUUAUUGGUCUUCUUUGUUUUUCUCUCAGGAGGUGGUGCAAAAACCAACAGCUUCUGUCAUACCGUUGUCAAAGGAUCACAACAGUGGCUCCCUGCAGCAAUAUGGAGUGGGUUAGUUUGCACUCAUGAGACGUGCUUAUAGAUAAGUUUGCACUCCUUCUAAUUUAUUCACUGAUCCUUCUAAUUUAUGCACCCAUUUGUGAUUUCUGCUUCUAUUUUUAUAUGAUUUUAUGUUUUGUAUGUUUAAAAGUUUAUGAAUGCAAUAAUAAAAUCUUCAUUGUUUAAAUAUUUAAAAACUAAUUUUUUUUUUUUAACUAAAAACCUCACUUAUAAGAGUUUACCAUUGGAGAAGUACAAUUUUAAUUAACAAACAAAAGGUUCUUAUUUUAUAAAAGUAUACUUUUUAAUACUAAAAAAUGUAAGAACCCAAAAAUAUAAACCUACCAAUAAAGAUGCUCUUAUUUUUUGAACCUCACACUAAAACGAUGCCGUAUCACAUACGUCCUGAGAGAAACUGAAACCUCGUCGUUUCUAGCUCUGUCUGAUUUCGUUUGGCUUUGAGCUUUGUGACCUACUUCUGAUUCCGCCCAUCUCGCAGCUUCAGAUAUGAAGAAAAAGAUGAUAGCUAUUGGUUUUGAGGGUUCAGCUAACAAGAUUGGUGUUGGAAUAGUGACAUUAGACGGUACAAUCUUAGCGAAUCCUCGGCAUACUUACAUAACACCGCCUGGUCAUGGUUUCCUUCCUAGAGAGACUGCACAUCAUCAUCUUGACCAUAUUCUUCCUUUAGUCAUAUCAGCUCUUGAGACUUCUCAAGUAACUCCUGAAGAAAUUGAUUGUAUUUGUUAUACCAAAGGUCCUGGGAUGGGAGCACCGUUUCAGGUCUCAGCUAUUGUUGUUAGGGUCUUGUCACAGCUUUGGAAAAAGCCAAUUGUCGCUGUGAAUCAUUGUGUGGCUCACAUUGAGAUGGGGAGAGUAGUUACUGGUGCUGUUGAUCCCGUUGUUUUGUAUGUGAGUGGUGGGAACACUCAGGUGAUUGCUUAUAGUGAAGGUAGGUACCGGAUUUUUGGUGAGACCAUUGAUAUUGCUGUUGGUAAUUGUUUGGAUCGGUUUGCUAGAGUCUUGAAGCUUUCUAAUGAUCCAAGCCCUGGUUAUAACAUCGAGCAGCUUGCGAAGAAAGGAGAAAACUUUAUUGAUCUUCCUUAUGCUGUUAAAGGUAUGGAUGUAUCUUUCAGUGGAAUCUUGAGUUAUAUUGAAACUACUGCAGAGGAGAAGCUCAAAAAUAACGAGUGCACUCCAGCAGAUUUGUGCUAUUCCCUUCAAGAAACUGUGUUUGCGAUGUUGGUUGAGAUUACGGAAAGAGCAAUGGCGCAUUGUGACAAGAAAGACGUUUUGAUAGUUGGAGGUGUCGGGUGUAACGAGCGUUUGCAGGACAUGAUGAGGACUAUGUGUUCUGAACGUGAUGGAAAGCUAUUUGCAACGGAUGAUCGUUACUGUAUUGACAAUGGAGCUAUGAUUGCUUACACGGGUCUACUCGCGUUUGUUAAUGGUAUUGAAACGCCGAUCCAAGACUCUACCUUUACACAGCGAUUUCGCACAGACGAAGUUCAUGCGGUAUGGCGAGAGAAAGAAGAUUUGGUACUUGGGGAUAAUAAGAACGUUGCUGCUAUUUGAUUCUGUGCCCAUUUGUUUCGUUUUGAGAUUGAAUCUCUCUGUACUCGAUAAAUUGUUUUUUUUUUAUAAGUAGUUAAAGAUUAAAUGUCUUUUAUUAGUCAAAUUAUAUGAUUGUUUUUCUUUUGAUUCGAAUAGUUUCGUGAUGGGUGUAAUAACGCUUUCAAAUUU